AUGUCCAGCCACCUUGAUUUGUUACUUGAUAAAGAACGAAGGAAAGUUUUGAUUGAAGAAGAAGCAGAGUUACAACACAAUUGUGAAGCCAUUAAUACACUUUUGGACAUAACACAAACUCUUGCACGUCAAGGAAUAUCUUUUCGUGGUUCUUCCUCAGACAGAGAUGGAAAUUUUUAGCAAAUUACUUCUUUGGUAGCCAGACACUCGCCUUCCUUUAAGAGAUGGUUGGAUGAUGCCCCCAAGCGACUACAUAGAGUCGAUUGCCUUAGUUCCAGGUCUCAAAACAAAUUUCUUCACUUAUUAGCAGAAGAUGUUACACACAGAGUCACUGCCAAAGUCAAUCAAGCUGGAAUGUUUUCCGUCAUAGCUGAUACAACACCCGAUGUGUCCCACAUUGAUCAACUUUCUGUGGUCGCACAAUAUUUAAAUGCCAAGGGAAAUCCACAAGAAUCCAUGAUUAAGGUAAUCCAUGAUAAAAUGGGUGAUGGUCAUGCUCAAGGAAUUAUUUCUUCACUGAAUGAAAAGAAAGAAAAAUUUCGACACUGCUGACAUAGUUUUCCAAGUUUUCCACGUCUUCCAUGUCUGGUAUCUACAAGGGCUGUCAAGCAAAGUUAAAAGAAUAUCUUGGAAAGGAAGUUUAUUAUCAUGUUGAUGUUCAUGAGAAAUGUCAUGAUGAAGACGAAGAUUUUGACGAAAGAAGUCCAGAGUGUAGAUAUAAACAUCAUUGA